UGGAAACAUUAACAAAGGACGCAAGACUGUCAAAGUAAAACAGGAAACCAGAGACAUUCACAAAGACACAGACUUGACGCUGAGACACAGAGAUAUGACUAACUGGGGAACACAGGAGAUGCAUGAACCUGGAGCAGAGAGACAAGAGUAACAAAGUGAGAAACAUGGAACACAGAAGAAUGAGACAGAACUAAACAUACACGAUAGACUACACAGGGAGGCACAAAUGAGAAAAGAUUAAAUGAACAAGAACAACCAGAAAUACAAAUGAUUAAAGCAGGAAGAAUGAGGAAACUAAACAAUAGUAAAAUGCAAAAAUAAGAAAACUAGAAACACUGGGUCAUAGACCCAGCAAGGUGACACUAUUGGAACCCAAGUCAUUACCCAACUAAGUAGGUUUGGUUUCUAAAAACACCAAGUAGCUAAACUUAACAGUACUCAAAAAUAUUCCAGACAAGACUCAAACUUCAGUCUUCUGAGUGAUAGUCAGGUGUGUUCGUACAACUGCUCCUCUACAUCCUAUUGUAAACUUUUAAGACACUGCAGGGAAAGUUGAAGUAAACUUUUGUCUCUAACAAAAAAUGACAAAAGGCUUAUAUUAUAUUUAAAACAAGUGAGAAGCUGGAUAAAGAAAAAGGCGAUUUGUUCAUCAAAGACCUGGAUGAGGCCAUGUGACAGGAACUGCACUUGAAUAUUUAUUCUGUGAUAACCAAUCAGAUGCAUUUGGCAGUGUGGUGUAAAAGGUCCAUGUUACCCCCUACACUGACUGAAAUUUCUACAAGGUCACUAAAAAGAGAGAAUACCAACAUGAAUGUGUUGUGGGUCACACUGCUUCUUCUUCAUCGAGGAUACACACUUAUUCCAGUAACUAAGGUUCAGCUCGGUGAACCUGCAACUUUACUGUGUGACCUGCCUAAGACCGAGUUCAGCCGUAGAGUCGAUUGGUACAAGCAGAGUCCUGGAGACACUCUGCAAAGAAUUUGGACAGUGAAGGACUCUGCAGCACCUGCCUUUGCACCUGAGUUCAACAACUCAAAAUGGGAUGUUAAGUAUGACAAGAAAUUGAGCAACCUGACCAUUUUGAGGACAAGACAAGAGGACGAGGGAAUGUAUCACUGUGGAUUCACAGCGUGGCUCCAAGAUACCAAAUGGACUGCGACAUAUUUGUUAGUAAAAGGAAACACCCAGAGAACAUCAAACUAUUCUGUUGUUCAAGAGAAGAUAGCCCCUCCAGGAGGCUCAGUCACUCUUCAUUGUUCACUCCUCUCUAAUUUUGAUGACAAGACAUGUUCCGGAGGUCUCAGUAUGUUCUGGUUUAGAGAAGGAUCAAAUCCAUCUCAUCCUAGCAUCAUCUACACUGACGGAAACAGACAUCAUGAAUGUGGGAAUAGCUCUGCGACUCAGCAGAGUUGUGUUUAUGAAUUCAAUAAAAGUAUUAGCUCCUCAGACAGCGGGACUUACUAUUGUGCUGUGGCCACAUGUGGGAAGAUAUUGUUAGGAAAAGGAACUAAACUUCAAGGAUGCAGCGUGUGGUCACAAAGUGCCACUACAGUUAUUUUUCUGCUGUGUCCCGUCUUGGUUCUAAUUGUUAUUGCUGUCCUCACUUACACAAUCAAGAAAACCAACAGUGAUUAUUGCAAAGCUACUAUCCUGGAGAAAAACUCUGGUGAUUUCAAAAGACAACAGGAAAAGGACACAUCAGUGUUUUCUGCUGUCAUCUUUACUAUGAUACAAGAUAAAAAGAACAUAAAGGCCGUGAAGAGGCAGCAGAUUUCCAUGAAUUUUGGACCGGAUUAGAUCUGUUUCCCACGCUUACCCCCAUAACACUGAGGAUGCUUCCUUAGAGCCAAUGGACUUUAAUUUUUUUUUGUAUUUCAUUUUUUUUUGUUCUGUUCCUGUUAAUAAUAGCAUGUUCAAUCAAUUACAAGUAAGCUUAUUACAUCAUUAAAUAUCUCCAAAAUAACCUUAAUUUUUAAAAAAACAAAAAAAACAGCAGGGGUCCCAUCGGUUUUUAAGCGUCUGUUAAAGGACUGCUGCUCCGGCCUUUUUCUGCCUAUACAGAGGAUUGAUGAUGCUAAUCAGACAGAAAACCUGUAGUGUACAGUGUCUUCUAGUGACUCUCUCCUCUCUUUUUUUCUUUUGCUUUUGUUGUGGAGCAACCGAAAGCUGCAUAGUUCAUAGCCUGAAAUGACAUAUAUGUUUGAAUUUAUAUCAUUAAUAGCAGGUAGAAUGAGAUCAGUGCAAGUGUGUAGAAUUAUACUUUUCUUUAAUGACAUAUUCUAACAUGAGUCUAAGAUUUAAAAAAAAAAAAUUCUUGGCAUUGUACUUUUGUUUCAAUUUAUAGCU